CUUUUUGAAAUGGUAUAAAUGCUACUUAUUAAGGGUAAUAAUUAUAUUUUAUUAUUGGCACAAUAUUAAAUAGAAUUAGUUGAAAAAAUGUCGGUAAAUGCGCCAAACCCUAAAGAAGUUCAGGAUUUCAAAUUUAUAUUGCACAGUAAAGUUAAAAUAUUUGAAAAAUGUGAAACGCCGUGUAAUAACACUUCCCUUUUAUGUGCUGCGAGUCGGUUUGGAUUAAUUUUCACUGCUUGUCAAAAUAUUGUUAAAGUUGUACAGCUAUCAGCUUUGGUACAAAACUCACCUAAAGAUAAAAAUGUUGCUGUUCGAAAACAAGAACUCCCUGGGCAUGUAACUUAUCUUGCUGUGAAUUGUGAUCAUACAGUUUUGUCCAUAGUGUUAACUUCUAAUGGAAACUUUAUAUUACAAUUUUAUGAUGUUACUUCAUAUUAUAAACAGACGAUAGUGUUAGUUAGCGAAGUAAGGCUACCCAGCCCUUUGUUACAAAUGUCAUGGAAUCCCUGUAUAGCAAAUGUAGUAGCUGCUACUUUAGAAAAUGGCACAUUGUGGUCCUGUGAAUUUGGUAAUGGCCCGAAAAUAAAUUCAACAGAAAAUGAUGUGCAAGCUUUAUCAUUAUCAUGGAGCCCGAAGGGGAAAAAAUUGUCAUUGGGACAAAAUCUGGCACAUUAUGCCAAUUCAAACCAGAUUUGA